AUGUCAAACAAUUAAAUCAUUUACUAAUAGUAACAAGAACAAAGAUCUCUCUUAUCUCGAUUAUGUGCAUGUUUGAAAAUAUUUAAUAGAAAGAAGAAAUAAGGUCAAUAAAAUCAAUAUCAUCCAGAAAUUGACACUCCAAAAUCAUCCUUUAUUGUAUUCAUAAACAAUUUAUACUCAAGUUAGGUUAAAAGAAGACUAUUGUAUUGGAUUUAGAUGAAACAUUAGUACAUAGUUAAUUUUAGCCAAUGGAUAAUUGUGAUUUAUAAUUGGAUGUACAAAUUCUCUGUUAUAUAAGAUUGUCGUUUAAUCAUAAAAUUUCAAAGUUUUUGUGUUACUUCGUCCAGGUGCUAAAGAAUUUAUUGAGGAACUUAGCAUUUUUUAUGAUGUUGUUUUAUGGACUGCAAGUCUCAAAGAGUAUGCUAUGCCUGUAAUGGACUUUGUUGAUCCUGAAAAAAAAGUCAUGGAAAGAUUAUUUAGAGAAAGUUGUACAAUCAUUAAAGGUGGCCUAACUAAAGACUUAAAUAUAUUAGGUCGAGAUUUAAAAGAUAUUAUUAUUGUUGAUGUAAGUAUUUAUUAAUUAAUUUUAAGAAUUCAAACUUAUCAUUUGCUUUGAAUCCAGAAAAUGGAUUUAAAAUAAAGGAUUUUUUCUAUGAUAAACAAGAUCGAGAACUUGAAUAGAUUCUACCAUUUUUAGUUUGGAUCUCAUAAGUAAUCUAAAUAACCAUAAAUCAAGCUUCCUGAUGUGAGACCAGUGGCUUUAUAAUAUGAGUAAUUUAUAAAUUCAUCACCUGAAUAGUUAAAUCAAAGAAAAAGUGGUAGUAUUGUACCACUUGAAUAACAAAAAUUUUAAUGUGUCUCUAGGUCAUUCACAAUUUAAACUGAAAAAAUUAAAUAAAGAUCAAUAAUAAGAACUUUAACAUUAUCUAAAGAAGAAGAACAAUUUGAUGAAAUUGUUCUUAAAAAACAAUUAAAGUCUGAAAUCAUUGCAAAAUAAAUCCAAACAAAUGAUAGUGAAAAAGAGACAUUUGAAAUUGGCAAUUGA